UUAGAGGUGGUGAAGGUCCAUGAAAUUUGGGUCAACUUAAUCAACGAUAAAUGUUGAUAGGUAUAACAGUGCCAAAAGAAAGUGGAAGGCGUUUAGGUGUGAGACCCGGUUUAAUAGGUAGAGAAACGGGAAGUUGGCCCGUUGCGAUUUAUUUGAAAGUUCCGAAUGUUUCGCAAAUUUGAAGAUGUAGAGCAAAGCGCGACGAUAUUGCCGAAAAAUGGACGUUUUUAAAUGCGGAGAUAAGUGAAAAAAUUGGAGAUAAGAUAUUUUGAUAUAAUUAUGUAACGAAUUAAAGUGCGAUGUAAGUGAAAAAUCUUGAGGAAUGAAUUACAAAAUUCCCACAUUUCGUAAGUAUGGGUGAUUGACUGUAGAUGGCAACACGAACUAGGAACGACUGAAGGGAGUAAUUUAAAUCUGACGUCAUUACUUCCACGUUGGCCUGGAACUAGCAGACGUCGUAUGGUCAUAAUGCAAAUUUCUCCCGUUACUAGAAAAUGCAAAUAAACAAAGCAGUGUAAAUAAAUCAAAGUGUUUGUAAUGGUGUUGUUAAAAAGUGUGUGUUAAAAGACUCCCACUAGUACGCAAUAUGUCACGUCUUUUACUGAAGGAAUACAUGGACGAUAACUUAGAUUGCGGCAUGAUGGACCCUCUGACCCAACUUAGGCGAGAACUGGACGAAAUUGACAUCCCUGCAAACAUGCAGUAUGAAAAUCCAGGCCUCAUGUCCUCAGAGUUCUUCGAUUCCGUACUUUCAAUGGAACACAGCAAUUUCGAUAGCGAGACCGACAAUGUUAGUUUUAGUACCAUCGAUACCGACUGUGGCCUAAGCAGCGAUGCUGAAGAAUUACGGAUGACGAAUAAUUCCUCGCCGGAAAGUGCAACUUCGAGUAACGGAUACGAACUUAAUGAUCUAAUUCUUGUUAAUGGUACCAAUGUAGAAUACAACAUUAAUAAUAAUGAUCCUAUGCUGCACAUUCUCAACCAACACGAAAACGUCAUGGAUAAGGCGCCACAGGUUCAGAUUCCAUCAAACUUGUUUAUUAACAAUCCCAAUGGAAAGAAAGUAAUAGUCACAAAACCAGUUACAUUGAAGAAUAACAGAAAAUCCGUAAAUACCGCCAAGCAGGUAUUCCGUGUGCAAUCCAUAUCCGGAAAGGGAAGAUCUGUUUUACUUCCGUUCAAUGUUGCAAAAAUGAAAAAUAUAAAAAUCAUAAAUGGGAAAGAGUUACAAGCUGAGAAUAUAAAGGUUACUAAAAUUGUCGAUGCGGUUCCCACAAAACAAACGUUUGUCGACUGCUACGAAGCAUCAUCGCCCGACACAUUCGAUGAUGAUUCCGAUUCGCUAGACACUAAGUCCGAAUCAGACCGCCAGUAUCCUAUUUUAGUUCUCUCCGAUGAAGAGAAACGCUUACUAAGUAAAGAGGGAAUUUGCCUACCCACACAUUACCCGCUAACAAAACAAGAGGAGCGUGAGCUUAAGCGAAUACGAAGAAAGAUUCGUAAUAAAAUAUCCGCACAAGACUCAAGAAAACGAAAAAAAGAGUAUGUGGAUGGACUGGAAGAACGCAUUAAGCAGGGUGCCGAAGAGAAAAAAAUUCUAAUGAAUCGCGUCAAACAUCUGCAACAGCAAAACAGCAAACUAAUCGCGCAGAUGCAUAAGCUACAGGCACUCGUUUUUAACACAAGUUGCAGCAAGGCAACGCCUACAACUUGCUUGUUAAUUGUGCUCGUUUCUGCGCUGCUUGUGUCGUUGCCUAAUUUACGUAUUCCUCAAAAAUCAGAACUGAGCGAUCAGCAACAGCUCACCGCACGAAGAGCGUUACUGUCCAGUUCACAAGCUACGACUGAGGAUUCGAUAAACCUAGAUGAAUUCUUAUUAUUUAAUAAGGAAGACAGUACCGUCAUUUUAGACGAAGAUAAUAACACCGAAGAAUAUAGUUACAUAAACUAUGAAAAAAGGUAUGAAGGGCACAACCUUAUCAAUGGAGACUCGGGCGAUAUCGACAGUGACGUUCGAAAGACUUUCGAAAGAUUAAAGGAUUUCCUCGAAGAGGAGCUUAACGAUAGGAAAGCGAAGAAGGCAUCGUUCAUGGAGAGAAAAUUCAUUGAGCCUGAUAUAGACGAUUAUGUUCCCAAAAUCGGUAUCGAUGAAGACGAAUAUCCUCCUGCAAAGAAAAAGAAAGUGGACGAGUUGCUGCAGGUUGAUCGUAAUUUUAAUGCCGGCCAGCAGGUCUCGGCUACAUUGUCUGUGAAUGCGUCGAAAAAGGAGUGAACGUACUUUGCUUUAAAUUAAUUUACAAGCUCGAUAGAUAUAAUUUGUUAUUCUGAAUGUAUUUUCAUGCUUUGAUAAUGCUGUAACUAUUGCUUAUGGUGUUCUAGUUUAUCCUGAUCGGAUUGUGUAAGAGUAAGAAAUAUUUUUUAUAGAAAAUUCUAUCGCAAGUGUUUAGCAUUGCCAAAGAAUGUGAUUGAACUAUUUCCAUUUCGAUUUUUUUAUAGAUUUUAAUAUAUUAUAAAAUAUAUAUAUUUGUCUUUACUGUUGUAGUUAGAUUUAUAAUUAUGUUUAUAUGUCAUGUAUCAAACUCACGACUUUCUGGUAUGUGACAAGAUGGAACCAACUUGUAGCGUGUAUACAGUGUACUUUAACUUGGAAAAUAAAUAAACUGAAAUGUUU